AUGAUCAACGCCUUCCUGGUCUUCAACGGCCAGGGUCAGCCUCGGCUGACCAAAUUCUACACGCAGCUGGAAACUAGCAUGCAACAGCGCUUGAUCUCCGAGAUCUUCACUCUCGUUUCCAACCGCCCGGCCGGCUCCUGUAACUUCCUUCCGCUUCCUCCUUUACUCGCUGCCUCGGGUACCUCACACUCGUCGUCGGAAGAGGAAAACGACGUGCCGUCUCUCGUCACCUACCGUAACUACGCGACCUUGUAUUUCAUCGUCAUCUCGACAUCGACCGAGUCGCCCCUUGCCCUGAUCGACCUAAUCCAAGUCUAUGUCGAGGCACUCGACAAGCUUUUUGAGAACGUAUGCGAGCUAGACCUCAUCUUCAACUUUGAGACGUUGCACGCGACAUUAGGCGAGAUGAUUGUGGGAGGAGUGGUGAUAGAGACAAAUUUGGAUCGCAUCGUGUCUGGGGUAAGGGCGCAAGGCACCGUGGCCAAGCGACCGGUCAAUGAAGGCCGGAGCGGGGGUAUCGGCGGUGGACUGGGCAUGGGAAGCAACUUCGUCUGGCACGGGCGGUAG